CCUAAAGAGAGUGGGCCUAAUCUAUUAAAUUUAUCAUUUACUUGCCACUGAAAAUAAAAUAUUUGAUCCUUUAGAUGUGUCUCAGAGAUAAACGAAUAAGAAAUAGUUUUCGAAGAUUUCAAAUGCUAAUUUCAAGGUAAAAGGCUUGGCUUAAACUUAAACUUAUUUAACAACAAUUAAUAAGUUAAUGUUAAACUGUUAAACGUACUUCUUCAUUAACUCAGCACUAAAUAAAACGAGUCGAGACUACUAAUCAACUUACAGACUAAAAUAACUAAGCCGCUAAGCCGAUUUUAUAAAUUUUAACGUAGUUUAUGUAGAAGUUUAGUUUCUGAUUAGUAGAUUAGGGUUAGCCUAGUGCCAGUGCUCUAGCCAUGGCAAAUCGUAAAUUUAAUUGAUAGUAAAAUCAUUGAUAGAUUACUGACAAUUACGGAUUACUGACCACUGACUAGUCUUAGUUAAUUUAUUUUGAUUCGUAGUCAUAUUUAACACUAUUUUUAAAAAAAUAUGUAUGAAUUUAAUAUUAAUACUUAAUAAUUUGAUUUUGAUAAAUUAACUAGGCCUAAAUUUUAAAUUGCAAAUAAAUUAUUAUUAAAAUGGAGACUUAAAUUAAACAAUAAAUUAAGAACAAAUAAAUUUUCUUUCACUAUCUAUCUAGACGUCUAGACUGUACUUCAAUCUUCAUUACAUGAAUCUCAUGAAUGCUCAGCUUUUAGUUUUAGUACAGAUUGCACGGCAAUAUCAUCUUUCAAAUUCAAAGAAAUAUAUCAAGUUUAAGACUUAAGUUUAAGAGUUAAUUAUAAAUUCUAAAAUUUAGAUCCUUUCGUCAUAGCCUAUUUAUUCAAUCUAAAUAAUGUUUAAAUUAAUGGCUCAAAUGAAACAAAUAUCAAACUUUUGUUGUUUAAACUCAUUGAAACCCAAAAUAAGGAUAAAUUUAUGCAGCUUUAAAUUUAAAUUAAGAAUUUCAUCAGAAGGUCUAACUCCUUGGCCUUGAUUUUAUCAGUGCUAGAAUCAUUGAUAAUGUCAUUAUUUUUUCUCUUUUAUGAAUACAAAUAAUUGCUUGCUUCUUAAAUUAAUAAGUAGCAACAUCACACCAAAUUUGAGUAUUUUUAUCUUUAACAUCUACUAAUUUGAUUAUGAUUAUUUUUCAUUCUAAAAAUGCACAGUUUGUUGAAUUUAUUUAGGAAAAAGUAGUAUCUUAUAUUUAAAAUAAUUAUUUAAAUAAGAAAAUGCUAUUCUAAAGCACAUGGUAUACUUUCUUUUUUUUAAUAAAUCAUCAACAAAUCCAGUAAACAUGAAAUUUUUGUCAUGAGAAGUAUGCAAGAAAUAUGGGUGAAAGUGAUAAGCUGAAAACGGUUGACAAAAUGUUAAAAAAAAGGAACUUGAGAUCGGCACAAACAAAUUCAUAACUAUUAAACCACUUUAGCAAGAAAUAACUAGAAAGUUGAUCUUCAUUUUUUGUGUGUAAAUGAUUCAUUUGACAUUUUGCUCUAUUCAACUGUAUUGCAUUUAUAUUUUUAGAAAUAUUUUUAAAAUUUCACUUUAGUAACUUCUUUGACCUAAUCAUGCAUAAUCAAAAUGUACAAACUUCUUUUAAAGGAGUAAUUAUAAGUAAUAGUAGACCAGCAUUAGUAGUAUUAGUAGUAGUAGGCUAUAAAAAGGCAAUUAAAACUUCUUUAAUAAAAGGAAAAUGUAGCUGGCAGACUACUUGCUUAGUGGCCAUCCUUAAAUGUUGUCACACAUCUGGGGGUGGUGAGAUGAGGGCGUUAUGAUGUGUUAUAAGGCUAAUAAGGUCAUUGACGUUGCCUAAAUUUGGUGACAAAAUUAGGAAGAUAGAGGAGGAGGAGGGGGGGGGGUAAAAAAAAUUCACCCAAAACAGUGUGACAUCAUUUUUGGAUGGUCCCUUAGACUUAGUCAAAGGAUUAAUAAUCAAUUUAAUAUUUUACAAUUUACUGAACAUCUAGAAUUUAUUUUAAUAUUUAAAAAUGAUGAAACAAACAUUAGUUUCCAUCUAAUGAUGUAACUACAAUGAAACAACUUAAGAUUCGUUCAUUCACCACCCUGAAUUUAAAAAAAAAAGGGCAGAGAAUUCAGAAUGUACCCAAAACUAAUAUUAACAUUCUAAUUAAAAAUUGUCUAAUCGUUUGAGUUUCUCAAAAGGAUUUUUUAUUUGAAAAAUGAUCCUCUGACUAUUUCGGUAUUAUCUUAUCACAAAUAAAAACUUGCUACCAAAGUCAAGUUGUUUUUAUUGUUAUGAGUUUAGUUAAUUUUCAAGUAAAUAAUAUAAUUGAUACACAAACAAUUUGUGUAAAUAAAACAAUAUUUGUUUUAAGUCAGGGGUCUCCAAACUUUUCAGCCUGAGGGCCGCAUUAACUAGCAAACAAUAGUUCGCGGGCCGAAUGCACACUCGAGCAGGGUUUCUUUCAGCAUGAUCUCGGGGGCUCGCCCCCCCCCCCCCCCCCUGGGAAAGCCAAGUGCCCCCCGGAGCAAAAAUAUUUCCAACAAUGAAUCAACUGGCACUGCCCCUCCCCCAAAAAAUCUGAAGUGCAUUUUUCAAUAUUUAAGUCACAAUGUUUUCACCCUUGUCUGCAACAUGGCGUGCAAAGCUCCGCCACUAAAUGGCGUUAUAUCAUGUCAUUUCAUUGACUGUGAACGAAUGUAGAAAAACUAAGCAUCGAAUAAGGUUUUGCAAAGUAAUGAUCGGUUAGAAAACAUAAUGCACUACUGAGCGCCUCUAAAAAUAUUCGGUAAAAACAUAACGUCCACGUAAGCGGUGUCUUACCUUGUCAGGAUACACGUACAUUUGCGCAAUUUUUUAUUCCGUUGACUAAAGGUCUCCGCGGGCCGCAUGAGAGAGCCUCGCGGGCUUCAUGCGGCCCUUGGGCCAUAGUUUGGAGACCCCUGUUUUAAUUGUAUGUACAAUAAAAAAAAAGAUUAAUAUAAUUAUAAAUUAAAUGUACAUAAUAUAUGUAUUUCCUGCCUAUACCUAAAAAAUAAAAUAAUAAAACAAAAACUCUUGUACUGAUGAAGGCAUAAGCAGACCUGUUUACCUUCAAACUCUUAAAAUCGUACAAUAUCAUCACAAAGUCAUUCAAUACAUUACCUUAAUAGUAAAAAAAAAAUUAAACACACAGUAUAUAUAAUGUAUACACUUCAAAAUGAUACUUUGUACGCCAAAAUCGCAAGAGUAAACAGGUCUCCCUAAGCAGAAAUGUUUGAAUUUAUAUAUGGUCGAAUCUUAGUUAAAGCUUAACCUAUUUUAUUUACUAAAAUAGCUUGUGUCUCAUUAAUGUAAUUAACAGCUUUAUCAUCGUCCAACCCUCUUAUAAUUAAUUUUCAAGCCAGCAUUAUUAAAUGUACAAAUUUUUUUCUAAAGUUGUAAGUUUUAAAAUUAAAAUAUUAAUGGAAGUUUAAAAUCGUUCUACAAACAUAUAAAAUGUAUGUUCUUAUUUGUCAAAAUCUAUUUGUUAUAGUUAAGUUGAGACAUUUUUUACAAUGUUAUUGAUAUGAAUUUUUCUAUAUAUGGACAAUUGUAAGUUUUAUUACUUUUUAAAAAUUUGCUUAGAUGGGCAUCUUGUUAGGAGACUAUGUGAAGGUGAUCAGCCCAUUUGAGGGUGAGGUCCCCUCUGACUUACCCCUGAGUGUUGGAGAUGUGAUUAAGAUUACAGAUGUAAUUGACGACAACUGGGUAACAGGUCAAAAAGUGGGAGCCAAUGCAUCUCCUGGCAAUUUCCCAGUCACAUUUGUUGAGCACCUGGUUCUUCCUUCUAUCAGAACAGGCCAGAAGGUUUUUCUAGUACUUGAAGACUUUCCAGCUGAGCAGAGUGGUGAUUUAGAUCUAACAAAAGGUAACAAAAAAAAUAAUUUUUUAAGGUAUUCUUAUAUUUUAGCUCAUUUAAACUCAACAUGCAAGAAAAUGUUUUGUUUGUUGUGAAUGCAUUGUUUUCAAUCCUGUCCUGCUAACCACCAUUUGUUUUUUUUUUGUUGAGAUCUUGUGGUUUUGAUUGACAUAUGCAAGCAUUGAACAUAUACAAUACAGCAAUCGCAACACUCGCAUAACAAUUUAAAAUAUUGUUUCCCAAAGAAGUGGCCACCGGACCGGUGCAUCCAGAAGACCCUGGAUAGCUGAUGAUAUGUGUCUGACUAAAUUGGAGACCCCAUAUAAAGUAUUUUUUGGGAAAAAGGGAGAUACCAAAAACAUGUAUAACCUUGAACCAACUGUGUGGCUUAAGCCAUGUGAUGGAAUGGGAUCGCACAGUGUGCCAUAUUUUUUGGCUAUUUUGAUGCCAUAAAAUAUGUGCAAGCUUGUAUCCUUCAUUUUUGCACGACACACCUACACCCUGCAAGCAACACAGGAACAUCAAAUUUGUAAAUUACGGUACUCUAAACAGUCAUUAAAAUAUAACAACUAAUAACAGCUGGCAUUAAAUGGUAAUUGUUUAAAUAGUCCUAUAGCAUUUAUAACCAUUAAGUUCAAAUAAAAAGACAACUAUUUGAAAGACCUGGAGAGUUCAUGGUGCAAUGGGAAACUUGUCCACCUGUCUGCCCAGCUUAAAAGUUUGGGAAAUGCUGAUUUCAAUGCCAGUUCCCACCUCCAAACUAAAUGUUAUAUCUUAUCACAUCUUUAGAUACUAUAUUUAUUUCGCUAUCUGUUCUCUUUCUCAUUUAUCAGGUUUUUAGAUUAGCACCCAGAUUAAAUAUUUUUGUCUAUUUAAAUGAAUGACUAUGGUGUCCUUACUGUCACAAUGGAAACUUCUUUUUUCUUCAUCCAGGUGACAUUAUAUUAGGCACAGAACCGGUCGAUGCCGCCUGGUGGAAGGGGAAAAACGGCCCAUUGAAAGGAAUAUUCCCUCUUUCCUUUGUAACAGAGAUAGAAUUAGACUGUGGCCCGCGGUCAAGGUCAGCAAGCUCUCGAUCAAACAGUCUCGUUUCAGGAUUUUACAAAGACAGUCCAGACAAGGAAUAUGGAGGUUUUGCAGGACUGAAGGUCCCUUUUUUUGCGAGAGCGCUAGUUGACAUCAGUCCGCAGCUUGAUGGCGAGCUGGCCUUUCAGCUCGGUGAUCUCAUCGAAAUUACAGAUGUGAUCGAUGGCGACUGGUUCUAUGGGAGGUGUCACAACAAAGAGGGGCUGGUCUCCGCAGUGUGUGUUGAAAUUCUAGAAGCAGCCGAUGAUACCUUUGGUAAUAGGAAGGAUGAAGAUGGUCAAAUUUUCCACCCCGUGCCACCUUCUUACGGAGGGGAAAAACGUCAUGGC